CACUCUGAGACCUACACUCAUGGGCUCUCUCAUGGUCAGAGACCUGAAAACAGCACUUAUCCCCCAGCGACCGGAGACCUUUCUUCAACGGGCAACAGAUGAUUCCCACCUAGGGAUAAUUGGAAGCAUAACUAAAGACAAGAAGACACUUUUCUCAGUGUGAUGGAGCCUUUUGGUCCAGAGGUCAGGUUCAUGCUGGAUGCAGCACAUCCUGCCCCCACUGCACCCAGCACCGGGGCCAGAGGACAAUGGUCCAGCAAGAUGGAGUUCCUCUUGGCUGUGGCAGGACAGAUCAUAGGCCUAGGAAAUGUGUGGAGGUUCCCUUACCUGUGCUACAAAAAUGGAGGAGGGGUGUUCUUCAUUCCUUAUAUCCUCUUUCUCUUUACCUGCGGCAUCCCCCUGUUCCUCCUGGAGACGUCACUCGGCCAGUUCACCAAACAGGGAAGUAUCACCUGCUGGAGGAAAGUUUGUCCCCUUUUUGAAGGGAUGGGUUAUGGCAAUAUUGUGGUUGUUUUGUACUCCAGCAUCUACUACAUCAUAAUAUUGUCCUGGGCUUUCCUGUAUCUCUUCUCCUCUUUCAACUCUGAGCUUCCUUGGGCCAACUGCAGAAACAACUGGAACACAGAGACCUGUGUGGAGUUUGAUCGGCGAGCGGAUCAUUUAAACUGGACUGCUGCUGAAAAUGCAACGUCCCCAGUGAGGGAGUUUUGGGAGAGAAGAGUUCUCAAUCUCACGGGAAGCAUCCAUGAGUUGGGAAGCGUUCGAUGGGAGCUGGCUCUGUGUCUCCUGCUGUCCUGGGUCAUCUGUUACUUUUGUGUCUGGAAAGGAGUGAAGUCCACUGGGAAGGUAGUUUACUUUACCGCCACAUUCCCCUACCUGAUGUUGGCGGUGCUGCUUGUUCGGGGAGUCACGUUGCCGGGGGCGAUAGACGGGAUCAAGUUCUACCUCUACCCGGAUCCAUCCCGCCUGUCGGAUCCACAGGUGUGGAUGGACGCUGGCACACAAAUAUUCUAUUCCUAUGCUAUUUGUAUUGGGUGUCUAACUGCACUUGGCAGUUAUAACAAGUAUAACAACAACUGUUACAAGGACUGUGUGUACUUGUGCCUCCUGAACAGUGGAACCAGUUUUGUUGCAGGUUUUGCCAUUUUCUCUGCACUUGGCUUCAUGGCGUACGAGCAGAACACGGACAUAUCAAAGGUAGCAGAGUCAGGUCCCGGCUUGGCGUUUAUUGCGUAUCCUCGAGCAGUCGCCAUGAUGCCUUUCCCGCAGGUCUGGGCAAUAUUCUUCUUCGUUAUGAUCAUCCUGCUGGGACUGGACAGUCAGUUUGUAGGUCUAGAAGCCCUCGUAACAUCGAUUUCUGACACCAAUCCUUCCUUCUUCCACGUCGGCCAUCGACGUAAACUUCUUCUACUUGGUAUUGCUGUGGUCAGCUUCUUCAUUGGACUUGUGAUGGUUACGGAUGGUGGACUGUACAUCUUCCAGGUGUUUGACUACUACGCCUGCAGCGGGAUGACUCUGCUCCUCUUUGCCAUACUGCAGUCGAUUUGCAUUGGAUGGAUUUACGGUGCAGACAGGUUUUAUGAUAACAUAGAAGACAUGAUUGGAUACAAGCCGCUACCUCUGAUUAAGUAUUGUUUAAAAUACGUCACUCCAGUAAUAUGCAUGGGGACAUUUGUUUUCUCCUUGGUGAAAUACACUCCUCUGAAGUUCAACAACACCGUUGAGUACCCGUGGUGGGGUUACGCUCUGGGCUGGUGGUUCACGCUCUCCUCUACACUCAUGGUUCCUCUGCUGAUGUUAUACAACGUGAGCACCACUCCCGGUACCCUGCGUCAGAGGAUCACCAUCUUAUGCACUCCGCACGAAGACCUCAAUUUGGACAAAUCAGACAAGAAAGGAUUGGAUUUGCUUGACGUGUCCUUGUGAAGACGUGAGGCAAAGUCUGCCCUCAAUCCAGUCCUCUUACUCAAGGAAAGGUUCUCAAUCUUCUUUUUGAAAAAAGCCAUGUCUAUUUGUUGCUGUUGUCCACAAUCUUCAUUCCUAAAAUAAAUGCAGCUGUCACAUUGAUCAAACUCACUCGGCAUCUCGUGAGUAGGGACGAACUCCUUUUAUAAACAGUUCAUCUGUUGAUUUUGAAUCCAUGAUUGGAUUAGUUCCGCAUUAAGUGUCAAUAAAUAGUGAUGCAUGUACAUCACAAUUGCCCAGAGCAUUGAGUUCAGAUGUUCUGAAGACAAUUCAUAAAAAACUGUGAAUUCUCACAUUGGUUACAGAUUAGUAAUCUUUUGAUCAAGUGAUUCAUCUUAGUUUUUUUUCAGCUGUGAAACUAACACUAACCUUUUAUUUUUGUAAAGAAAAGGUUUCGCAAAUGUUGGUUUGUUUAACCAGGCUGGGUGACUAUCUGGAGUAAAGUCAAACUGAUAAGAACACGUAAUACAAACACAUUGAACACAGGUCAAUAUUAUUAAAACAGGUACGUGAGAGAGGGAAGGUUUCUAAGGGCGGGAUUCAAACCUCGGACGCCGCCUGCACCUGAGCCGUGUGAGUGGGUUUUUUCACCUGUGCACUUUGCUCCCAUGGACAUAGGAAACAAGGUCGUGGUGGGUGUUAAAAACAAACAUCGUGGGGUUGGAUUUUGGGGAAGUGAUGUGAGUGAGACACACGGAGCGAACCUGAUGGUUUUAACAUCACAAAGGGUAUAUUUCUAACAGUUUUAUUUUUUACUGUAGUCUCCACUCUAAGCUUUAUUAUAGUUUUUAUACAGGUGAAGGUUGAUAUUCAUGUAGUUUUGUAUCGUUUAUUGUGGCAUUAUUCCUUUUUAUAACACAUACAUGCUGUAAUAUGAACUUAUUACAUUAAUAAUUAAUUAAUAUUUAAUUAAACAAAUUCCUAGAACUAGUGUACAACAAACUUCAUAGUUUCAAUCUUAUUAAUCAAUGUGCCAUUGUUAGAUAUGAUUCAUGAAUGAGGCCCUCUGGUAUUCAUUUGAUAAAGUAUUGACAUGCCUCAGUAAGGUGGAGGCUCAUCACUAUUGGAUACUUCUUUUAAUUUGUUUUUUUUAUUCUGUCUAACCGACUGACAACGUGUUCGGUGAGAAAGAAUCUGAUAAUGAUCAGCUACCAGGUUGUUCUCAAAUUAACUUUUGUUAAUAAAGUUGUCAAUAUCAUAAACAGUCGAUUAUUGUGUGCCUGGGUGGUACUGUUGUUAAUAAAGGAAUCAUAAUGCAGAAACAAUUGUGUCUGACUGUACCAACACAACGACAUGUGCAAAUAAAGUCGUUCUAACCACCACA